AUGGUAACUCCUCAAGACAAGCCCUUGAAGAAGAUGAAGUUUGUUUCAUCUGCUGAGAAAGAACCAAGCAGCACGACAACAAUUUCUGAGGAUUCAAAGUCAGGUCGAGGUAUGAGCACAAUGCCUCGUGUUGUGAAGAGAAAAUUGCAGAAAAUCAAGCCAGUUGUUGAGUACAAUAAAAGGGGGAAAGGAUGUGGCCCUGCACAUACUGAGAUGCAGUCCUACAUUGGUGUGUUGGCACGCUCCAGAGUCCCACUUGUGGACAAGAAAUGGGCUGACAUCCCCAAUGAUAUAAAGGAGCAGAUUUGGGAAGCCGUUGACAUGGCUUUUGUGGUAGGUCAAGGGGGCAAGACCUCGGUGUUAUCUUCUGCUGCCAAGAAAUGGAAGGAUUUCAAGUCUACACUGACGAGGCAUUAUAUCCUUCCAUACAUCAAUGAGAGGGAGAAAUUAAGCCAACCCCCUGAAGUAUAUAAAUUCAUAGAGAAAGCAGAAUGGGAUGCCUUUGUAGCUUCAAGGUUAUCCAAAGACUUUGAGUCUGUGCAUUCCCAACAUGCACAGAUUAGGGAGAAACUUGAGUACAAUCAUCGAUUGUCUCGAAAAGGAUAUGCUGGUUUGGAGGAUCAAUUGGAGGAAACCAUGCCUGGGGUAGAAAUUGAUCGAUCUACCUUAUGGAAGAAAGCUAGACAGGACAAACAUGGUAACAUCCCCGAUCCAAAGGUGGCAGAGAAAGCAAAAUUAAUUGAUGAAUUGCAAAAACAAGUGGCUGAAGGCAGUCUGAGUAUAACUGGCAGUAAUGAUGUGUUGACCUUGGCUUUGGGUCCCGAGCAUCCAGGGAGAGUAAGAGGGGAAAGUGUAAGAAUUGUCCUUCAAGAAGAGACUAAGAAGAUGGAAGCUAGAAUAGAGGCUGAGAGGGAACAUUUACUAAGUCAGCUUUCCCACCUCAUCCCCAAUUUUGAUCCAAGCAUGCUUAAACCGAAAACUAGCCCCUGUCAAAACCAAGGUCUACAGCAAAGUCCCAUGAAUCCAAUGUCUGAUAAAGCAAGCUGUUCUGGGGCUGAAGUGAGAUCCCUACAUUUAGAGGAUGAUACUGCCAGAAAUGGGGAACAACAGGAACAAACGAAAUCUGGGGCUUUAGAUAAUCAAGAUGAAGAGAAGAAAGAAGAAAAUAAAGAUGAACAGAAGAUGGGAGAAAAAAAAGAUGAAGGGAAGAAGGAAGAAAAAAAAGAGAAUAAAGAUGAAGGCAAAGAGGAAGAUACAAAUGUUGAAGAGAAGAAAGAAGAAAAACAAGAUGAAGAGCAUGACGAGGAGGGUAAUGAAGUAGUUGAUUAUUCGAAUGUGGAGGUGCCAUCUUCCUUACAAUCCCUUUGUGGUUAUGUGGAAACUACACUAAAGCCACAGGGGAAGAUCAUGACCUUCAACAUUGAGAAGGAGGUGUUUGGUGCAGAUCGAAGUACCUUCGUCUUGCAUGAAGAUAUUACACAGUUUUCAGGCAUGGAAGAAAUUGGGGCUACUGUGGUUGCAGUAUAUAUGAGGUGCUUAUAUGAUCUUUUGAGAGAAGCAAAUAUGUGCAGCAUGGUUGGCUUUAUCGACCCUGCUCAAGUUAGUGCCAACGCUGGGUCACUAACUGACAGAUCACGAAUUGUAGCCAGUCGACUUCAGAAAACAGAUGGUGAACAGAUUUUCAUGAUGCCUUACAAUCCAGGCCGUCAUUGGGUCUUGCUGAUUGUGAGGGCAAAGAGGGAAACCGUCUAUUUUCUGGAUCCUCUGCCUGGAAAUCGUGUGGUUGAUGAGGAGGGCAAAAACAUUGUGAACAGCACACCAAAGCAACCCAGCAGUGUCGAAUGCGGGUAUUAUGUGAUGCGCUUCAUGAGGGACAUCAUCAUGGAUCCUUCCUUGGAGUUUGAGAAGAAGUUUGCCAAGGGAAAAGAUCAAGCGCCAUACCCCCAAGCAGCCAUUGAUGAAGUCAGGAAAGAAUGGGCAGAGUUUGUUUGCCUUCAUAUGGAUUAG